ACCAACAAAACUGGAAUAGACAUACUCCAGGCAAAGCAAAACCAACACAACACUCCUUAAACCAUAAAACCCGACAUAACGACGAUCUCUAACCUUCUGUUCGUUUCAGCUCGUGGGCGGAGAGUUCGACAUGGAGCUGAACUUCGUGAUUCAAGAUGCCCACAACCUCCGCCACAUGCUGGAGCUGCUGGACCACUGCCCGCCGCCGCUGCAGGCUGAAAUCUGGUCCGUGUUCAUCGCCAUCUUGAGGAAGAGCGUGCGAAACCUUCAGGCGUGCACAGACGUGGGUCUCAUAACUCACGUACUCCAGCGACUCCCACAAGCUGACAAUGUUGUUGCAGAUUUGCUGAUCGAGGUGCUGGGCGUGCUGGCCAGCUACUCCAUAACCGUGAAGGAACUCAAAAGCCUCUUCGGUUCCAUGAAGGCCGAGCGAGGACGCUGGCCGCGCCACUCCGCCAAGCUCCUGGGAGUCCUCCGACAGAUGCCCAACCGCUCUGGCCCAGACGUCUUCUUCUCCUUUCCCGGCAAGAAGGGCUCGGCGCUGGUGCUGCCCCCCUUGGCCCGGUGGCCCUACGAGGCCGGCUGGACCUUCACCACCUGGUUCCGCCUCGACCCCAUCAACUCCGUCAACAUCGAGAGGGAGAAGCCCUAUCUUUACUGGUGAGUAGAACGUUCUCUCCUUCCCUUUUGGUCGUGGGUCGUUCACUAU